GGGUGUUCGUGUUCAAUUGUCGACGAAUGCUCGAGAUUUUCAAUAUGGCCGUCAAGGGAACCUGUUGGUUUUGUUGGGUUUGUAGGUUAUAACACCGUGUAAGAACGCGGUCUUGAGUGUUUCGCCUGCCGAUGGAUGUCAAUGGCCUGCCAAUUAUAGGACCGGGUGUGGAUUAUACCCAGGUACCUACUACUGAAGAUGAAUGGUUGGAGAUGGAAGGGGAAUUUUCUUCGCAAUGGGAUUUCCCAAAUUGUAUUGGUGCACUGGACGGGAAACACCAAUCUAAAUCAAGCCAUCGAACAGAAAAAAUUAAAUAUACCGAAUGCCAGGGCGACAUGAAAAUUCCAUAUAUUAUAGUUGCUGAUGAUGCAUUUUCUUUAGAAGAAAACUUAAUGAAGCCAUUCAAACACCAAACGUUAAAUGGAAUGGAACGUAUCUUUAAUUGUAGAUUAUCUCGAGCUCGACGCAUUGUUGAGAAUGCCUUUGGAAUGGCUGCUGCCCGAUUUAGGAUUUUGCGCCGAACUAUUGAACUUCCACCUGAGAAAGUUCAAUUGAUAGUGGGCACUAUUUGUGUCUUACACAAUUUUUUGCUGGCCACCUCCGGCAGAGUGUAUGCUCCGCCUGGAACGCGAGAUGUGGGAGCAAUCCAUCAGAAGAGAACGUUAGCAUUUAUUAACCAUUUUAUUUCAAACACUGUUUCUUUCCUUAAUAAAUUUGCUCGUUCAUGUGAGCAAAGAUUGGAGAAAUUUGAUUCCCGCAUUAAGAAGAUUGACGCAUCGUUGAGUGUUUUGGAAACGAAGUUGAGCUCAAUAUCAGCUCUCGAAAGUGCCCCAGCUAAAUGUGAAACGAAAAGCGCAGAGCUGUCAGAACCUGUACCAGAUGUGCAGCACGAAGCACCACCCGAGACCAAGGUUCAAGACCCAAGUUUAGUAAGAUUCUUCAGGAUGGUUCAAGUUGGAGUACCCAUUGAUGCUGUACGCAUGAAAAUGAAAGCUGAAGGUUUGGACCCAUCAUUCCUUGAUGGUCCAGACGCUGUUGCCCGUGUUUCGGAUGAAACAUCAGAUUCUGAAACAAGUUUCAGUGAAUAAAAAUAUAUUGUGAAAUAUAACUACAUAGUGUUGUGUUGCCUUAAAUAGAAAAUUCAAUUUCAGAAAAUAUGCGAUUGAAUCCCUUUCUUGUAGGAUAAAUAAUACGAUCUUAUUUUAUGAUUUGUUAAUACAACACUUCAGAGUGCUAUAGUACCACGAGGAACACCACGACGUUCAAAUGUAAUUGAACGCUAAUGUUAUAUCUCAGUGCUCAUUUCAGUUCACCACACACGAUUUUAUUCAGUUACAUCUACUCCUGGAAAUAGGUUUUGGGAAGCGCAUCCUUUGCUGAAAAUCAAUUACGUUUCCAAGUCCAUAUUGGUGAAAUAAUGUUCAAUAUCGCAGAGAGACGUUAAUAAUCAUUCCGUAGUGCCAAAAGGAAUUGUAGUUAGUCAAAUUGCAUAAAAGAGAAGUCUGUUUAGUAUAAUUCGAAACAUUAAAGAUUCUGACAUAUUCACUGUCUGAUGUUACUAGCAAGCAAAAGGUAUCAAAUAAUUUUCUAUUCAGCCAACGAUGUUUUGGAACCAUCGUUAAAGGAAAUUGAUCACAUCGACUCACGUCUCAUUUACAUUUGCUUUACGAGCAGCAAAAUAAACCAUUUUCUUUUGUUGAUACGCAUAUUACAGUUUCAAGCGUAAAAUAUGUGGUAUAUGUACCAAUUUGUCUGUGAUAGUUAGCUUGUGUAAUGAAUGCAUCUAGUAUUACUCCACAUUACUAUACUUAUUCUAGACCAUUUUGUGUUUUGCUUUAUUAUUUCUCCAAUCUAUUAGGGAAGAGGCGUCCUUAUUGUGGAAUCUUGUGAAGAAAAUUAAUAAAUCGUAAGUUCGGACCUAUUUUACAGAACAUUUUAAGCGUAAGAAGGCGGUAAUGUAUUCUAUAUACACAAUGUUAUGUAUACAAUAAAUGUGAAAUGUGUAUGUGUACGAAAGGUAAAUAAUUUGUAAAUAAAAGAAUCGCAUGUACUUCCUUCUUGGAAUAAUCAAUGGAAACAAAUA